UAUAAAGAGAAGAGACCGAGAGAAGGACUUGACUCUUACUGACAUAGAGUCCGCAAAGUGGAAUUUUACUCUAUGGCACGAGCCGAUUUUGAGAUGUUUCCCUGAGACGGAUCUGAAACAAGGAUCACGAGGGAAAGUAGGCUUCCGUAUUAUGUUACUGGGGCAAUGGUCUGGUUCCCUUACCAUGGACUUAAAGAGUAAUAUAGCUAAUAGAUAUGAGGAACUAAAUAUAUUUGGAAUGGGUUAUUGGAUUUUUUUAUUAGCGCAGGAUGGUAUGUUUUGUACGGAGGAUUAAUAGUGUUAGGAUUAAUCUUACUGUUCAUUAUUGUAAAAUGUUCUUGUGCUGCUAUGGGUGCACGGAUGUGUGCUAAAACUGUAGGAAAAAGUGACGAGUUGAUGGUUAUAGAAAAGUUGAUAGACUUUCAAGCUAAAGGUCACAACCGUUUUAGGAGACGGAAAAAGAGUAUUUCAGAGCACCCUUUGUUAUAGAAAUGAUGGCGGAGUGGAAAGACACCUGUUACAGAAAUAACGUUAGAGAGGAAAUAGGAGGAGCUGAGAACGUAUAGAAAAUAUAGGGCAAGACGAACAAACAAAAGACCACUCAUCGCUGAGGGGGGCAUCUGGUAACUGAUAACCCUGAAACUUGGAAAAACCUAGAAGUAUAUGACAUUGGGCAAAAAGCAAAAUUAUUAAUUGCAUAAAAUAAUAUUUUUGAGAACCAAUUGUUCACGGUAAGACCAACAGAGAUCUAACAUUGAUAAAGCUUAGUAUGGCAUCCAACGGGACAAACAACCUCACCACUAACGGAACGGCUGAUGAAGUUGGAGAAUUUCCUCAGGCAAUAUCCGAAACUUUUAUUCAGGCCUCUGCAGUGAUGGUACAGGAGAAUUCCGGUCAUUUGAUCGAAAUGACUCUUGGGCGGUUUUUUCAUGCGGCCUGGUAUCGGCCCAGAAUCGCAGGACGAGUCUAUUUCUCUCUGGCAGCAUUGCGGGUUCUUGUGGAUAGAGAUGGGGAUCUCAAUGAAUGUCUUAUGCACGAUAGCCCUAGAAAGCAAGAUAUUCUUCCUAUUUGGGAAAUGAGGAGAUUUGUAGAGAUUACAUUUUUCAGAAGAUGGAAAAACAUUUUUGAUGUUUAUAUUGAGAAAAAAUUUACAAGUGAUAGAAUUGGCACAACCUUUAUGAAAUGUGUUGAAGAUAGAUUACCAGUAGAUGGUCAACUUACUAGAGAAUUAGAUCAGAUAACCGCAAGAGAGGGUGUAGAAUUAUUACCUAAUUCAUCUGAUAUGCGAUUCCCUGAUCAAUCCUCUAAUAGAAACGUGAGGAAGAGGUCAGAUAAAAAGAAGGUUGAUUUUGAUGAUUUUUUAGUUCAGGGACUACAAAGGGACUGGAGUAGGGAGGUCAAGAAACAGGAGAAGAAGGAACGUCGCAGACGGGCCCAAGAGAGAGCGAGAGGACCAGAAAAUCAUCUUCAAGAUGAAGGCAAUAUUGAGACUGAUGAGAAAACAGGAAACGACAAAUAAAAGAAUAAUGAAAUUAAUAAGAGAGAUGAUUGAAUUAUGUGAUUAUUCAGAUGAACUGCAAAAGUUAACAAAUGAUUUAGAGACAGUGAAACUCUAAAACUCCUGUUAUAAAAAUAUGAGUGUUGAAAGCUAUGUAUAAAUAUAUCUUAUGUCGAAACCAUAGAUGAUUAUAAUCUUGUAGGUUUAACGGUUAUAUAAGUUGCUGUGCUUAUUUUGUAACAUAACGGUUACAAGUAAGAGGAUGCACUUUGCAUUUCCAUGCAAGGUGGAACCUUUAGCUAAACCGUGGCAUAAGAUGCUCUUAACACCUGCUAGAGGUGUUAUAUUGUGGUUUAGGUAUAUAGUUCUAUAUGUUGCUUAUGUUUGAAAAAGGUGUCAUAAUUUUUCCUAUAGUUUAAAAUAGAACUAGACACGCUUGCUAUCUAGAGAUGUUGUAAUAUUUCCUUCUGAACUUUUGACAUUACUUUUGUACAGACUCUGACAUAAAGGUCAUGUUUCCUGCCUGGGAUGGAGGAGGCAGU